AUGUUGGCUCAAGAUCAACCACGAGUGAGACUAAAAGAUAUUGUUGAUAACCUCGUCACCGAAAAUGGAAUCGCUAUAUUCCCUGAAGCUGAAUCUAGGCUACGCUCUCUCGCUGAUUCAAAUCCAGACACUAUGAUAUCGCAAGAACAAUUACUCAAACUUCUUCAACCAAUCAUGGAAGGCUCAGAUCCUAUAGGGGAUGGUGGUAGGCAGGAUGAUAUAGCUGAUGAUGAUAUACGAAAUACCUCGUUACCGAAUGGAAUGAAUGAUACCAGUCCAACGUGGUCGCCUGUACAGGCAUCAUCUACAGGUGGUAUACUGGGUGAUAAUAAUGACGGGUAUCAUGAAUGGUUGAACUCGCCUUCAUCUCGCAGACAACAACAGUCGAGCUCGCCUAGACGGUCAUCCUCGUCGUCAUCCUUCUCGUCUAUCCAGCCGUCACCUAUAAUACAGCGUCAAUUAUCUGUGCCAAUACGUAACGAUAUAUAUUGGCAGGAAGCAGCACCAAUUUAUAUACCAUCUUCUUCUUCUCCUCCACCGUCCUCAUCAAUAAUAUCACCACUAAAAACACCACAAUCAAAUCGUAAACAAUCACUACGAAUUCCACCUCCUGCUACAAAUUCGCCAUUCUGGGGGAAUCCAUCAUACCCAACAGACCAAUACCAAAACGGAGACACACCAUCAAAAUUAGAACAUCUCUCAAACACAAUAUCAGAUCUAACUCGUCGGCUCCACGAUACUGAAACCUUGCUCCAACGAGCACACACUGAACAGGACGAACGCGUACAGGAAUACCAUACACAUAUAGAAUCGUUGACGCUAGAACUAUCCAGCAAGAAACGGGAGUGCAGUGAUUUGAAAAAUAGCGAGAGGGGUUUGCAGUCACAGAUUGACACAUUGGAAGGUGUUAUUGAGAAAUUGAAUAUACAGGUUGUUGGAUUGAAGAGUCAGGUUAGGGAGUUUGCGAAUAGUAUCAAAGGGCAUGAGGAGGCUUUGAGGCAUCGUAAUGAAAUAGAGGACAAAUUACGAGAGAUGCUUGAUAAAAAGGAAGAUGAAAUAUCUCAAGGGCGAGCAUCAGUUGAUGAAGCUGAACGUGAAAUGAUGAGGGCUAUCGACGAAAUGAAUGAAACAAGAGCAAACUUGGAAUCGUUGCAAAGUGCUCUGUCUCGUCUAGAAUAUGAUUUGGAGGGUGCACAUCAGCUGAAUUCUACACUGACAGAUCGUAUUGCUGAUUUAGAGGGUUUGUUGAGUGAUGCUGUUGUUAGUCAACCACUUCGAACAUUAUCUACAGAGCUAGGAAAUCAUGAUGUUCCCGUCAGAACCGUAGAAUGUAGAGCUGCCUCAAGUCAGACGCAUCUUGAUUCGAAUACUGUUUCGAUUCAGACGGAUGAUGCUGAGAGCAAGGAUACUAGAGGGACGGGGUCUAGCGAUCAUGACGUGGAUGCCCGGUAUAGGGAUUUGCAGGAUCGAGUAGCUAGACAACAAGUUGAAUUGAAGCAGCUUGGUCAAGUUCGUGAAGCCUUACAAGUACUGGAAUCUCAAAGGGACUCGCUAAAAAAGCAGAUAGAGGAAGUCGAAACUUCAGUCAAGGAGAACAGGCAAACAAUUGAUCGUCGUAAACAUUAUGACGCUGAAUUGGAACGAUGGAUGACAACGUUACGACAUGAUGUUAAAGCGUUGCAAGGUACUUUGGGAGGAUUUCGAGAUGACGUGGACUCUCACGCCCACUUCAAAGGACUCUUUCAAGAAGCUCUAGUAAAACUAGAGUCAGAACGUGAACACUAUGUGUCCCUUGUGCAUUCCUUAUCGGACACUGCAUCUAACAUAUCGACUGCUGCUGCCGCUGCUGUUACUGAAAGGCAGAAGCAUCCACUGCUAGUCGUGACAAGAGAAGUGAUGGCGCAGACUGACGAGAUUGAGGAAAAGAAUAUUUUGCCAGAGGAGUUUGAUAAGUGGUUCUCUGCUAAUGCUGCUGUUGCUGGUGGUAAUCAUGUUGCUAGUAGUCCGAGUAGUAUUGGUAGUCCUAGUGCUAGCACUCCUAGUAAGGGCGUUACUAGCCCUGGAGGAAGUAUUUCGCCUGUGACUCUGACUGUAGCUAGUAGUCAGAAUGGAGUUAUUAAACCAGUUCGUGAAGUGUCAUUCCAUUCAGCAAGCUCAAACCGUGCUGAAGUCAAACCACACAUACUGAAUCCGCCUACAUACAAGACCAACAACAUGCUCUCAUCACCCAAACAACAACAGCACUCCAUAAGCUACACUAGUGUAAUAGUAGCAGUACUAAUCGCAUGGAUUUGUGGAAUUGUCACUUCUUACAUCCCUGGUAUAUUGAAUGGUGAAUUAUAUGGAGAUGGACUGGGGUGGACGCUGGCUAAUUUUGUUAGUUGGUUGGAUGUGCAGUUGGCUGGUAGUGAGGCGAGGGUUGUGCCUACGUGA